AUGACAGGACCUCAGAGAAAAUGGUGGAAGGAAGCUACGGUUUACCAAAUUUAUCCAGCUAGCUUCAAAGACAGUGAUAAUGACGGAUGGGGUGAUUUGCCAGGAAUUACUUCGAAAUUGGACUACUUCAAAUAUCUUGGAGUCGAUACCAUUUGGAUAUGUCCUUUUUACGACUCGCCCCAGCAGGACAUGGGCUACGAUAUUUCAGACUACGAAAAAGUUUGGCCCCGCUAUGGCACCAACGAGGACUGCUUUGAACUGAUUGAAAAGGCACAUCAAAGCGGUAUUAAGGUCGUCGUUGACCUCGUGAUCAACCAUUGCUCCACAGAACACAAGUGGUUCGAGGAAUCGCGCUCCUCACGGACCAAUCCCAAGCGCGAUUGGUUUAUCUGGAGACCGCCUAAAGGUUUCGAUUCUGCUGGUAAACCAAUCCCCCCCAAUAACUGGAGCUCUUUCUUUGGCGGAUCAGCGUGGGAAUGGGAGGAAACGACUCAGGAAUUUUACCUGCAUCUGUUCGCCUCGAGACAACCCGACUUUAACUGGGAAAACGAUGAGUUGCGGAGAAAUCUCUACGAUUCGUCCGCAGGGUUCUGGCUUCGUCACGGAGUUGAUGGGUUCCGUAUCGAUACAGCCGGUCUCUAUUCUAAAAUCGAUGGGCUUCCAGAUGCACAGGUUACCAACCCAAAUAGUGAAUGGCAAUAUCCCGGCCCAGAGACCCGUAAUGGACCUCGCAUCCACGAAUUUCACAAAGAAAUGCGCAAAUAUUUCGAGGAACAACUUCCACCAGGAAAAGAGAUUUUCACUGUCGGGGAAGUGGGAAAUUGUGCCGAUGAUGGACUUUUGCGGUACACUAGCGAGGCUGAGGGCGAAAUGAGCCAGCUCUUCAACUUCGCACACACAAAUGUGGGUGCAAAUCCUUAUUUCCGGUACAGUGUGCUUCCAUUCGCUUUGAAAGAUUGGAAACUGGGCAUUGCAGCAAGUUUUCUUUUCGCUAACCGCACAGACAGCUGGUCGACCGUCUACUUGGAAAAUCACGACCAACCUCGCAGUGUGACGAGGUUUGGAGACGAUUCGCAAGAGUGGCGGGAGAUUUCUGCAAAACUUUUGGCCGUUCUGGAGAUCGCUUUAACUGGAACGCUUUACAUCUACCAGGGCCAGGAACUGGGUCAAAUCAAUAAUAAGGGCUGGCGCUUGGACCAGUACGACGACGUGGACGUCAAAAACAAAAGGGCUAUAAUUCAAGAAAAAUAUGGAGAUGAUUCUGUGCAGAUGCAAAAAUUCGAAGAAGGUGUUGCCCUCUUUUCGCGCGACCACGCUAGAAAUCCAAUGCCGUGGUCGUCAAGGGAGCCUGAUGCCGGGUUUGGCCCGCAUGGUGGCCAGGCUGCAGCCAAACCUUGGUUGGCCGUUAAUGACACAUUCCGCGAAGGGAUUAAUGUGGAGGAUGAGCUCCAGGACCCAGAUUCGGUGUUAAAUUUCUGGCAGAGCGCCAUAAAGACCCGAAAAAUGCACAAAGACGUAUUGGUGUACGGCCAGGAUUUUCAAUUUCACAACGUUGAUGACCCCAAGCUAUUCCUGUUCACGAAAGAGGCUGGGGAAACCGGCUCGGCCCGUCGUACCAUGUUUGCAGCUUUGAAUUUUUCGUCCGAACCUUCUGACUUUUCUACGCCAUGGCCAGACGCUAAACUGACCCAAUUUUUCGGCAAUUAUCCUACUACUGCUUCUUCAAGCGCCAGAGAUACUUUGAAGCCCUGGGAGGGCAGAUUAUUCUUUGUGGAUUAG